ACCUUAUAGUGGUUGCCCAGAGCUGCCUUGCGACGCUGGGUUUAUUACCCACUUUCAAGCCCAUCAUCAUCCAGUAAUGAUCUCCCCAGUUCUCGUGAUCAUGCAGAACCGCGCAGAUGGUGAAGGCCUGGGGUGUAUCCUAUCCCGCUUGUGAGGGGCAGUCAGCAGGUAGACCAUUCCAUAUAACAAUGAGAAACAAUUCGGGGACGCGAUGCAGGUGUUUCUCGAGCACUCACCCACUAUAACCCAUUAGAGGCACCGGACCAGCAUGGCAGCUAAGACUUGGACAAUGCACUUGGUGUGUCUGUCCAUCGCUUUUGUUCUCCCGCUUGCUAUAGCUGGAGACAAGCCAGCGCGAGCCUACCCGUUGUUUGACUACGAGGCGAGAUCCUUGACCGAGGACGGGCUCCAGCGGCUCAUUGACAAGGCCGGUGUCGUGGACAAUGCGCAUCUCUUCGCCUUCGACGACGGAACGGAUGGGAACCCUGACCACCUAAGGAGCGGCUCAUGCAAGACAUUCCCCGGGGACGCGGAAUGGCCAUCUCCCGCCACAUGGAGGACAUUCGACAAGCUCCUGGACGGAGCACUCAUCGAGACGCUGCCUGUUGCAGCGCCGUGCUAUCGGAACCUCGGUGUGUACGAUGCCGAGAAGUGCGCGGCGGUGCAAAGCUCCUUCACCAACCCAUAUUUUCACGAGAACGACCCGACAUCCAUCUUCUGGCCGCUAUUCCAAGGCAGAACCUGCAUGCCGACUGCCAACCCGGACAGCGGCAACUGCACGCACGGAGGGUACCCCCUCUACGCGGUGAACGUCAGCAAUGUGGGCCAUAUCCAACUGGCUGUCAACCUUGCCCGCAACGAGAACCUGCGCCUGGUAAUCAAGAAUACGGGCCAUUGCUACUUGGGCAAGAGCAGCGGCGCCGGUGCGCUGAGCAUCUGGACGCACCGGUUGAAGGACCUUCGGUACUAUGCGCAUCUCGAGAUACCGGGGUACGCAGGGCCGGCCAUGAAAGUGGGCGCCGGGGUGACGGUGCGAGAGGUGUAUGCAGAGGCGCAUAAGAACGGUGUUAGUGCGCUAGGAGGGAUUUGCGAGAGCGUGGGAUAUGCUGGAGGAUACAUCGCCGGCGGGGGCCACACGCCGCUCUCGGGACUGCACGGCAUGGCCGCCGACCACGUCAUGGCUCUCGAGGUGGUCACCGCGGACGGACGCUUCAUCACCGCCUCCCCCGCGGAGAACACCGAUCUGUACUGGGCUCUGCGCGGCGGCGGAGGCAGCACCUUCGGGGUGGUCACGUCGCUGAUCAUCCGCGUACACCCCAAAGUGCCCGUCACCACAUCCACCUUCAGCUUCGGCACCUCGGCCACGGUCAGCGCCGACACCUUCUGGCGCGGCAUGCACGCCUACUUCUCCUUCUUCAUCCCCUUCACCGACGCGGGGACCUACUCGUGGUGGACGCUGACCAGCUCCGGCAACGGCUCCUUCACCUUCAGCAUGAGCCCCUUCUUCGCGCCCAACCACACCAUCGCCUCCUUCCACACCCUCACGGCCCCCUUCUUUAACACCCUCACCUCCCUGGGCAUCGCCCCCUCCCAGCCAGUCAACACAACCUUCCACCCAGACUUCUACUCGGCCUACAACGCCACCUGGGGCCGCGACCCUUUCCUCAACAGCGUCGGCCGGAUCUCGGUGCCCGGCAACCGCCUGCUGCCGCGACGCAACUGGGAGUCGGCCUCCCGAUUCGCCGCCACCUUCGCCACCAUCCGCGCGCACAGCGAGUCCGGCCGGCUGCUAUACGGCUACCACCAAGCGCCGCGCAACCGCUCCGGAGCCGACAACGCCGUGCACCCCGCCUUCCGGGAGGUGAUUUGCUUCCUGAUUCUGUCCGGGCGCUUUCCCGCGGGGACGACUGCUAGUAGUGGUAAUAAUAGUAGUAGUAAUCGUGCUGACACCGCCAACCCGACGGCGGAGGAGGUCGCUGCGGCGUCGAGGGACUUGAGGGAGGUGGUGAUUCCGCGGUUUAAGGAGAUUGCGCCGGACGGGGUGGAGGGCGGCGGAGGGGCGUAUCUCAAUGAGGCGAAUGUGGAUGAGCCGGAGUGGCAGGCUGCGUUUUAUGGUGCGAAUUAUGGCAGGUUGUUGCGGAUUAAGAGGCUGUGGGAUCCCAGAGGGGUGUUCUAUGCCACGACGGCGGUCGGGAGUGAGGCAUGGGAGGUCAGGGAUGGGGAAAGGGGGGUGCAGACGCAGGAUGGACGGUUAUGUCGGGUUUGAUAAAGCUUUUCGGCCCUUUGGAGGGGAUUGUUGCCUUUGAGGUGCCGUUGUCUUUCGUGUUUGUGGUAGGUUCCGGCUAACUAAGGUAGUGCGACUACGUAGACUGUUUUAUAUCUUCUUGUCGACCAGUAGGUAGGGUAUGUGGGAACUUCCAUACGAUCGGGUAGUUGGGAAGUAUAUAGCGGAU